AUGAACAACUUCACCCGCUUCGUGAUUCAUGGACAUGACUUCACAUCUGCCAUCACGCAACUCUACCUCACAUUAGGGACAACACCCACUUUCCUGUUCCCAUGUUCUUCUGGCUACACCAAUGCGAACCAACGUAGAAUAACUACUGGGAUUCUCAACUUCAUGGUUGUCGAGAUAGUUGGAUUGGGCAUUCCAUUCAUGAUUAUCAGUGCAUGCUUUGUUCUCAGGAUGGGAAAUACAGUCGUCUCUGAUUCUGCUUUCAUCUCCAUGUGCAUCUAUCCCAUAUUUGGUCCAUACUAUGUUCUCAUGUCCAACACAGAUUAUAGCAACAAAGUGAAAGGGAUACUUAGAAAAGCUCAGGAACUGGGAUCUCGUUCACCGACCAAUUGA